AGCAGAUGCAAACCGCAUUCUAGAAUUCAUCCCUUUAUAAGGCACUCAUUGAAGUACUUGGAAAUUCAAAAUUUCAACCAUGUCACAGGCAUGUCCACAGUCAUCUGCAAACCACUAGUCAUUGAUAAUCAGCUCUUCAUUAUCGUGGCCCAGCUGUUCGGCUCACAUAUCUUCAAGAGAGACAUCUCGGCUAACAAAUUCAUCAAAAUCCAAGACGUCGACAUUUUGAAAAUCAGAAAGCCAAAUGAUGUGGAAAUCUUCCACGUUGAUGGAGAGUCUUUCUUCGUCAUUGCCGACAGCUCCAAAGCCGGCUCAACGACUAUUUACAAAUGGAAUGGCAAUGCGUUCUACUCUCAUCAGUCGUUGCACCCUUGGCACCGUGACAUAGAUGUGGAGUAUUUGGAGAUCUCUGGGAAGCCUCAUCUGAUCUUGUCCAGCAGCUCUCAACGGCCGGUCAUUUACCAGUGGAACAAGAGCAUCAAGCAGUUUGAAAGGCGAACAGACAUUCCAGAGAUGGAGGACGUGUACACGGUGAAACACUUCACGGUGAAGAGUGAGCUCUACAUAUGUCUAACGCGCUUCAUUGGAGACUCCAAAGUGAUGAAAUGGGAUGGCAGCAUGUUCAGCGAGGUCCAGACCAUGGCCUCUCGUGGAUCCAUGGUCUUUCAGCCGUUUUCCAUAGACAGCUGGCAGUACGCCAUCCUGGGCAGCGAUUACGCCUUCACUCGGGUCUAUCGCUGGGAUGUGAAGAAGAGCCAGUUUAUUCACUUCCAGGAACUCAACAUUCAAGCACCCAGAGCUUUUUCUCUGGUGUUUAUUGACAGCAGGGAAUUCCUCCUUGGCUCUAGUUUUAAGGGGCAAACACGUAUAUAUGAACAUCUCGUCCUUGACCUGAGUAGCUGAUCAGUUGAGGUCAAAAAUACUGACAACUUGGUGUUUGGGUGAAUCUCAUGAAUCCUGUGAAUCAAAUCAGCUUCAGGUCGUAUUUGAAAGAACCGAGACAUUUCAUUUUGCCUACAGAAAAUAAUGUUUUUUGUUGUUGUUGUUGUU